AUGGACGCCGUUACGACCCGGAGCCGCUUUGCCAAUUUGAGGACGGAGGAAGGGCAGACACUGCGUAUGCACUACGUUGAAGCGCUGCCUGCACCGAGCAAAGCCAAUGGAGAGCUUGUGCUGCUUAUUCACGGAUUUCCACAGACGUGCUAUCAGUACCGACAUGUACUGACGCCGCUCGCACAGGCUGGCUUUCAUGUCGUUGCUCCUGACUAUCGUGGUGCCGGCCGAACCUCUCGACCGCGGUUGGGUUACGACAAAGCGACCAUGGCGCAGGAUUUGCUGACGCUCGUUCGUGAGCAUCUCUGCUUCGCAGCGCCUGUCCAUCUCGUCGGACACGACAUUGGCGGAAUGGUGGCCCAUGCUUGGGCUGCUCAGUGGCCGGAGACGCUGCACAGUGUCGUGUGGGGCGAGGCUUGCCUGCCCGGAUCUGCCUUCUACGAGCGCACGAAGGCGUCUAUCGACAAAUUUCAUUUUAUCUUCCACCGACUGCCCGAUGGUCUGGCAGAGCGGCUCGUCCAAGGAAACGAAGAGGCGUACCUGCAGCAGUUUUUUGAUCGACUGAUCCACAACACAGACGCGAUCACCGCAGACGAUCUAGCCGAGUACGUUGGCGCGUACAGCCAGCCAGACGCAAUGCGCGCUGCCAUGGACAUCUACCGCGCUCUUCCGGAGGACGCUAGGUGGAAUAUCGAAUGCAAGGCUACCCUGGGCAAAAGCAAAGUGCCAUGUCUGCUUUUGCACGGUAAGCAAAGCGACCAUGAUCAAGAGGCCAUGGCGCUCGGCGAUCAAUUUUACAGCCAGUUCAGCUGCGACUCAGUGUCCGAAAGCGGACACUACGUGGCAGAAGAAAACCCGACUGGCUUUGUCAACGCGCUUUUGCGAUUUGGGCAGGUCGAGCAGGUCGACAGUGCCAGUGCUCGCUGA